AUGGUUAGGCUUAUUGUUCUGAUGCUAUUAUCGUUGACAGCUUUUGCGAUCACUCCAAGUAUCUUUAAAAGCCAAUUCUUAGAAGCAAGUGGAGAUUGUAGCUCUCAAGAAGAACAACAAUCCCAACAAAAUCAAUCUUGUCCUCAACAGCAAACAAGCCAAUGCGGCCAACAAGGGUCUCAAGUUGUAAAAGGAGAUAAAGGAGAAAAAGGCGACCAAGGACCACCUGGGCCUCGAGGACCUCAAGGUCCAGAAGGGCCUGCAGGACCCCAAGGACCAAAAGGAGACAAAGGUGACAAAGGUGACAAAGGUGAAAAAGGAGAGCAGGGGCCUCAAGGCUUAAAGGGUGAAAAAGGUGAGCAAGGAGCACAAGGGUCACAAGGACUUCGAGGUUUGAAAGGUGACAAAGGGGAAAGAGGUCCAAGAGGGGUUUCAAUAAAAUGCAUUGAAUAUGAUGAGGUUGAAGAUUGCAAUGCUACCUCUUCUAAUGCUUCUUCUUCUGUUAGCUCAUCGCAAUCAAGCCAAGAUAUAUGCCAUUGCCCUCUUAUAAAUUCUACAAGCUCUGAACAAAACUCCACUUCAAGCUGUUCUGGACAAUCCUCAGGAUCUUCUUCUAACGAAACUUCAGGAUGUGCAUGCUCAAGUGUUGGAGCAAACUCAACCAGCCAAUCUUCUCAAUCUAGUAAUGAAAGCUCGGCGAAUACAACUUCUGGAUGUGCUGGAGCAAACUCAAGUAGCCAAUCUUCUCAGUCAAGUAGCGAAGAUUCAAGCUCUGGCUUGUGCAAAUCUGGAUAA